CGGAAGGCGGCUCAAGCUGCAACGCUCGCCUCGGUCUCUCAAUCUACCCCUUCUACGUCAAAGACUGUCGAUGUACCUGAUAAUGACUCGAACUCGGAUUCUGAGCACCUCGAGACCGCGGUGCUUCGGUCACUACAAGCUAAACGCAAGGCAACGGAAACUCGGAGCGCAGAGACGCCUGUAGCACGCAAAAAACGACGGAAGAAAUCUGUGAACGUUGACGCAUCACAUGCUCGUUACUACCAGCUAGAAAAUGAGGCUGUCCGAGACGAUGAAAAGCCUGACAGCUCGUCAAGUUCCUCGAGUGACGAAACUGAAGGCGGAUACAGUAAUCCAGAUUUCAACAAUGUCAUUCAAUCUCAUCCACCUCGGAGACCAGCGCGGGCUUGGUCACCUAGUCGUCCGCCAGCCAGCUCUUCUGAUGAUGAGGUCGACUAUCCUAUUCCAGGUGCCUUACCUCCAGAAAUCCAACCAGAAACUGCCUUUCGUUUAGGACCGCCUCAGAUCACCCAACAUCAUGCUCCGCAAUACCUAUCGUUCGUUCCUCAGCUAGACAAGAAUGUAUUCUACCUUGACGGGUGUGACCAUGAUUUCUUAUCAGGUCGCAAGGGCACCGUAGUUUCGUUAGCGGAGAACGAGACUAUGGCGUUGCUUGGUGUAUAUUCACUGACUGUCCUCAGAGGUUCCAUAUCUCUCAUGGGUGCCGAGGUAUAUGCCUACCCAUCAAGGUCACAUAUAAUCUAUGCUCCGAGAUGUUCCCCAGUUCCUGUUAUUCGAGCCAUUGCUUCUGGCGACCUUAAUACUCCGAAUUUACCAUAUGAAAUCAAUCGCAAGGUCGAUCAGAAAAGUAUACUUAUUUUACUGGAGGAUGUGUCUACCGGAAUUGGAAACAUCGGGCGAGUGUGCAAGACAUUCGAAAGUGCAUUCGAGCUUUCUUCGUUCGGUGAAAGUGUUUUGAACUUGGCCAGUGCAAAACUUCUUUCUUCUAUACCACGUUCGUUGCAACCCUUCCAGGUUCCGGACUCUUGGAAGGCGGCUUUCUCAUCUCUCCCUAUUUGCUUCUCGGAAGAGCACGAUGAGGAUGUGCAAAGUUUAGAUCCCGUCACCGUCUUGGUACGAGGACGGAAGCGAACCGGGAAAAGCACAUUGGCGCGAACGCUUGGCAAUCGUCUUCUGAAUAGAUAUCGACGUGUUGCAUUCCUGGAAUGUGAUGUGGGACAAACAGAAUUCACUCCUCCUGGAUUGGUCUCGCUGCACGUUAUCGACGGUCCUGUUUUUGGUCCCCCAUUUACUCAUCCUGCUCUUCCAUACGCCUCGCAUUACAUAGGCGCAACUACGCCGCGUAAUAAUCCUGAACAUUAUCUUUCAGCUGUGUCUGCGCUUGUGGAAACGUACAAGCUCGAGGUACAGUAUCCAGCUCCGGAGGACGAACUGUACGAGACCGAUGAGGAUGAUCGCAAGAAUGCCGACGUCAUUCCUUUGGUUGUUAAUACUAUGGGAUGGACGAAGGGUCUUGGAACGGACCUCGCGAGACGUGUUGAAGAGCUGGUAGCACCCACGCAUAUGGUUUUUGUCGGGUCUCUGACUUCAAACAUGAAUGAGUUAUCCAUGAGGUCUACGAUCUCAACUGGGAGCGAAUAUGAUAGGAGCGGAUCUGGACCGCGAACGUUUGAAGUAGAGGCGAUUUCACUUGAUGCGCAAUCUGCACGUUACUCUGCUGCGGACUGGCGCACACUCUCGUUGAUGUCUUAUUUUCACUCUAUUCCUUCGCCAUCCCAGUUUGAUCUUCUUCCUGUCCCCGUUCGGAACCGUACCUCUGCAUCUCACGACUCUUGCGCACUGCCCUGCACGUGGGACUUCCGCCUUCCUCUCAUUGCUCAAGUGCCGUACGCGGUUUCAGUUGGAGAAGCGAUAGACAAUGUCUUCCUGGUAGGUGCGGGUAUGGAGGACGUGGUACCCUUGGAGAUCUCACGAGUAUUGAACGGCGCGAUAGUCGCACUUGUCUCAUGUCAACCAGAUGUUCAAGAUGAUCACACACACGACGCUCGCGAGUCGAGAUUGCCUUACACGCAAGGUGCUCCUCCAUCAGACCCUUCAAGGUCAAAUUGCAUUGGCCUCGCACUCAUCCGAGGUGUCUCGCCUUCGCUAUUUGACUCGACAUCUCAACCGGAGAAUGAAAGCUCGAGCUCGAUGAAUGACGUCUUGCAUAUACUCACUCCAGUGCCUCCGACUUUAAUCGCCGCUGCCGAAGCACGCUGUCUUGUCAAAGGCGAGGUUGAACUGCCAGUGUGGGGAAUGCUGGAUUAUCGAGAGUUGGAGCGCGAUGGUUCGCUAUCAAGAGGAAUGGAUGGAAUCCCGUACUUGCAGUGGAGUAAAAGUGAUGCGAUUGGUGCAGAAAGGAGGAGGGUGAGGAGGAAUAUUAUGCGGAGGGGACAAAUGUAAUUGAGUGCUGCGUUUCACAAUGGAUGAAGCUUGUAUCUUGAAUAUGAGCGUAGCGCGAAGUACUUUUGAUACGAAUGCUUGAAGAAAAUGCAUACACGAUAGCACGUCUUUUAACGCAAUUUUACUG